UUGCCUGAAGCUUCAUUCCGCCACUCGGUCCUACAGUCAGUGUGCGGCUGUUUCCUGGGGAUCGCUGAUCUAGGCGCAACCCGUGUGCGCCCGGAUAUUAGUCCGUGUGUAAGGUUUAAGAGUUUUGUUUACAAAAUGGAUGAAUUCAAAGCCUGUAAUCUGGACUACUUUCCCGAAAACAUUUUAAUUGAUGUGUUGUCGUAUCUGAGUGUACGAGAGCUGGUCAGAGCUGGGAGAGUGUGUAAGAGAUGGAGGCGCCUUGUUAAAGACCAAAGACUGUGGAGAGUUGUCGACCUGACUGCAUGGAAAGGGGUGACAUCCCGCAUCCUUUGGGUCCUGCUGCGUCAGUACCUGGGUUGUGGACUAAGGUGCCUUCGAUUGCGCGGUUUGCUGCUCUCUGCCCGAGCCGGCACCUUUCUCUCUGAGUCUUGGCUCAAAGCUUUGACCACAAAAUGCCCUCGCCUGAGUAAGCUCUAUCUACUGCAUGCAGACCUGAGAAGCCUCCCCAAUUGCCAGAUCCUGCCUCCAUCUUUACAGGUGCUGGAGCUGCGUGCUUGUGAGUUGCCUCGUAAUUUUUUCAGCCAGAGCCUGCCAGCUUCACCUGCUCAACCCCAAGAAGAAGCAGAAGCCACGUCCAGUGUCGGUGCCCAGCAGCAAGGAAGGAAUCGGAAGAAGAAAGGGCCUGACUCUCCUGCAGGCAUUGCUAUUGAAAGGUUGGUUCUUAACAAUGUGCCUUCUUUCACAGACCAGCACCUGCAGAGUCUGACAUCAUGGGAGGGGCUCCGUCGAUUGGAGCUGCGCGACACCUUUCGUGUAACAGCUAACGGGGUUAGAAGUUGUGCUGCUAAAGAUGGUCUCUGUGGCGUGGAGGGGCUUUCCAGGCUCAAGUUUCUGGAAAUAGGCAUUAUAGGGCGGCAGGGCUACCAGUCACAAAUGCCCUCCCUUGGCCUGGGGGCAGGAUGGCUCGGACUAGAGGAGCUGAGUCUUGGCGGUAAGGAGGUGGGGCCUGGCCUGCUCUGUGCCAGCCGUCUGAAGGACCUGAAACGUCUGUGCCUGUGGGCCUGCACACUCAGCGAGCUGCAGAUUGUCCGCAGCUGCAGGAUGCUCCGAGGUCUCCGCCAGCUGGAGUUUCUGGACGUGACCUUCCAGCCUCGACAGAGUCCACCUGUGGUAGAGGGGGAGGGUGGUGAGGAAGAAGAGCAGGACGGUGAGGAAGCUGCAGCCGCAGACAGCAGCACUGAAGAAAAUAGGACACCGGAUGUGAACGAUCCCAUUCCUAGUCUGCGUCGUUCACUGGCUGCCCUGCUGCCGUCCUGCACACUAGUUUUCACCAACUGCUCUGUUCAGAUUAAUGCAGAAUAAAUCCACUGCUGCUCUAUACAAGUGGCUAACAUGGAUCCAUCUCUCUGUCACACAGGAUUAUUCAUUCAGUUCCAUAUAGUGUUAAUGAUAUAAUAUUGGAUUAAUUUUUUUUUAUCAUUGUCUAAGGCAUACCUAAGCCAGCUUAUGAGACACCACAAACUCAUAUUGAGCAGAUUCAGAAUGCUACGUUAACAUUGUCAGACAUUACCCCAAAAAUCCAAAGAUUAAAAUAAAUGAAUAAAUUGAAAAGAGGAUAAAUCCGAUUUUUCAGACUUUCAUGUCAACAAAGUUUAAACACAGAGAAAAUGUUAUGUUUACUACUGGCAAAAGUUUGAACUAUCAAUUAUUUCCUGGCUUAAAUGACCAUUUCAUUUUUUUUAAUCAUUUCUAUGCAGAAAUACUAAAUUUCAGGGUUUUGAUGAACCAUUCGAUGCAGAAUUGACACACUGUUGUGUCUAUUGAAUAAACCUAGGAAACUGUUAGCUUUUAUUUGAGUUAUAUAUGGAGUUUAUGUUGACACAAUACAUUUUAUAAAAUAUCUAAUUCCAAGCAGGAUUGUGCGAUGUUGGCACUUCAUCACAUUGAUGCAAACAUUGUUCAAAAAAUAAUUUUGUCACCAGGUAGUCUUUUUCAUAGAUUUUUUUUUUUUUUUGAGAUUGCCUCAUAGACUGAGAGGUAUUAAAGGGGGAGCUGUCACAUUAUGAAUGGUAUGCAAAAAUCUUUCAUAUUGUGUUUACCCGAAGGAUAUGUAAUCAUAUCCUUCAGUCACGCUGCCUUAACCAGUAUUUUCAAGGUAAACCAGUAGAAGAAUCUCACUUCCAAGAAGCUUAUUCGUGUGGAAAAUCAAGUCAAUAAGUUGAAGUGAGACCCUUUUAAACUUGUUCACAAUAUCAAACAAAACAGAGGUGUCACUGCUGGACUGGAAACAGAUCAGCAGCUGUCAUCUACAAAGGCACAGGAACUGAAGCACACUGUGGGAAAUGAUCCACCUGUUUCCUGUUUAUUUACCACUUUCUGUACACUGCAUACAUUCAGAGAUCAUAUAUAUUACAAGCAGGUGUUUGGUUGUGGUGAAGCACAACGGAAGACAUUUAAGUUACUCUAAAAUGUAAAAAAUAAAUCCUAGUUCACUGUUUUACUUUUUCCAACAUAAUUUUUUUAGGCGUGAAAUAAAAAAUUGUGAUAUUACAUGUAUAUUUGAUGGAAGAUCUAUGUCAUACAGUGAAUUAAAACCUUUUUGAGGAUGGGUAAUCUUGUAUACAUGGAAUUGUUUUGAAUAAACCUAUUUUGAUCAAAUAAA